AUGGGGAGGUCGCGACAGGCACCCCCAAACGGGCUCCUGCGUCCUCUGCGGGGCUCCUGCGCGGGUACGCUAAGAAGCCUCGCGCAGACUGGGAGCAGCCCGCGCCAGGAGCGCGCGCGACCGCGGUGUUUCCAUAACAACGACGUCGGGGACCCAGGCCGUCCGUGUGUGGACUGCCACGCAUUUGAAUUCAUGCAGCGCGCCCUUCAGGACCUACGGAAAACGGCCUACAGCCUGGACGCGCGGACGGAGACCCUUCUGCUGCAGGCUGAGCGCCGGGCUCUGUGUGCCUGCUGGCCAGCUGGACGCUGA